CUGCCGGCAGGAAGCAGGAACGGGACAGGGAGGGGGUCUCCUCUCUUCUCCUGGCCCCAUAGCGCCCUGUCCUGGGGGAGGCCAGGGACAUGGUGGUGCUGCGGGCUGGGCUCUGCCCCGGGCUGGGUGAGGAGAUGCUCCACCUUCUCCGGGCGAACGGCAUCCGGACGGUGGUGGACUUUGUGUCAUCAGACCUGGAGGAUGUUGCCCAGAAGUGUUCCCUGUCUUACAAGGCACUGGUUGCAGUGAGACGUGUGCUUCUGGCCCAGUUCUCUGCCUUCCCUGCCAAUGGAGCAGACCUCUAUGAGGAGCUGAAGAGCACCACAGCCAUCCUGCCCACUGGAAUCCCCAGCCUGGAUCAGCUGCUGGACUCCGGGCUCUACACAGGGGAAGUGACAGAGCUCAUGGGAGCCCCAGGCAGUGGGAAGACACAGGUGUGCCUGGGAAUUGCAGCCACCAUGUCCCUCAGCCUCAAGCAUCGUGUCCUGUUCCUUGACUCCACAGGAGGGCUCACUGCCUCUCGUCUCUACCAGAUGCUUCAAGCCCGGGUGGAGGAUGAGGAAGAGCAGCUGGAAGCCCUGCAGAGGAUCCAGGUGGUCCGUGUGUUUGACAUCUAUGAAAUGCUGAGUGCCUUGCAGGAGCUGAGGGAUUGCCUCUCCCAGCAGGUCUUGAGCUCUGUGGGACCUCUCAAGAUUGUGAUCAUUGACUCAGUCUCAGCUGUGAUUUACCCACUGCUGGGUGGCAAGCAGUCAGAAGGCUUGGCCAUCAUGAUGCAGUUGGCCAGGGAGCUGAAGUCACUGGCCAGGGAGUUCAGCCUCACUGUUGUGGUGACCAACCAGGUGACAAGGGACAGCAGCACUGGCCCCCUGAAGCCAGCCCUUGGCCGCUCCUGGAGUUUUGUACCCAGCACCCGUGUGCUGCUGGAGAGCAAAGAAGCCACCUGGGAGAAAGCCAGCACCCAACGUGUUGCUUCCCUGGCAAAGUCCCCCAGGCAGCCGACAGGGAUCCAGGUGGAGCUGAAUAUUGGAGAUGUUGAUGUGCAGGAGCCAAGCCCAGUGACACCCACACAGGGGCCCUGAUGCAGGUGGAAAGGCACAUGUCAAGGUCCAAGUGAGCUGCAAAAAAAGCAGGAAAGCACACUGAAGGCUUUACAGAAUGUCCCUGAGUCCUGCAGCCCUGGGAAGGACCAACAUGGAGAAGCUCUGUGGGGUUCCUCAGAGAUCUUCUUGCCUCAGCAGGUGCUGCCUGUGGUGGUUGGGGCUGUGUGGGCAGCACAAGAACCAGGUCCUCUGCUCUGCUGCAGGUUUGAGAACCAGCCCUGUCCUCAGGUGUUGUCCUGAGAGCAGCUUGCAUGGCCCUGCACAAACCCAUGACUCCUCCAGGUGGUUUUAUUGUCCCCAUAAAGUCACUGCCCUCUGGUCCCAGAGCUCUGACUGUGGGCAGCCCACAGUGGUCUGGGAUCAGAAAUAAAAGAACCAGAAGUUGCACAUUACUGUGGUGUUGACAGCUGGAAUUCAGUUCAUGGUGAUUGCUGUUAAUUUAACUAAAAUUGGAGGUUUCAUCCCUA